CUUCCAGGCGAGCAGCAGGCCAUGGUCUGCUAGUCCUUUCAUAGCAGCUCAGCCCUAAGCUGAUCGACCCAUCCAACGGCGAUCACAAAGCAAAUGAGCCGCGUGCUUCCACCUCGAACUGCAUACUCAUACACUCGUGACUCUUGACUCUCGACUCGUGUCUGAUCCUCUUCAAUUCACACCUGCUCUGCGCGUGGCCCUGCCUUCGGCCACCCAUCCAACCAGCGAGCUCGUCCCUUCUCGCAUGUGACGAGAAUUCCUUUGGCCAUCCACACGCCAAUACACCACGCUCGACCGCUUCACAUCGAGGCUCGAUCAUUGCCACAGCAGCAAGCCAUGUCAACCAGCGCUGCAAGGCUGCUAUCGUCCACGUCUCGUGCCGAGCCAGCCCCUCUCGCAGAGUCUCAAGUAGGCUACGGUCUCGUCUCUUUUGCUUUGCCAUUUUCACUUUGUUGCUCUCGAUGCGAAGCUAGGCAUGCCAGGGGUCUCAAAUGCGAUGCCACGCGUAGACAAUUGAGAGGAGCCGAGGGUCACCUGGUGUGGAGCUACUUGAUGGACCUGCCGUGUUGUCACCAAACGUGCGAGAUUCGGGGAGAUACGAGGUACCUCACCUACACCGUCGUGUCCGGAGGCAGAGCGCUACAUGCAGUCGAUGAGGAAUCGGCAUUUCAAGAGCUUCGAGCAUUGACGGAACGCCGAGCCGCCGCAGAAGGUGCGCUAGAGGCGCAUCGACGUCGACAGCCCACACUGCAUUCUGCUUGGUCCACCAUCUCCACCGAGGAAGGAGGGGUAGCGUCGACGAGCGAAGCACCAUCCGAAAGAAGCGUCGCACCUCCCGCUUUUCGCACAGCACCUUCUUCAGAUGCGCUCUUGGCGCUCAGAACUAGACCGGGUCCGAGCUAUCACUACGCGCCUUCUGUCUCUGCUCGAUCCAGAUCACUCAGCUCUUCCGGAUCUUCUAGGACGCUGCUUGGAGGCAGAUUUAGCGCUCGACCGGAUACGUCAACUCGAGGAAUCGGAAAGUACCCAGCAGAAGCAUCGGCUACGCCCGAUGCGUCCACAAGAGCUCAAUUGAAAGCUCUGUAUGCGGACGAGAGAUCUUCUAGAGCCAGCAAAGGCGAAAAGAGUCUGGGAAGGGCGCUCUCUGGCAGGAGAGGGUUUCAGGGAACUCUCAAGGUCGGACGUGCGUUUGGAGCAAGGGAAGGUAUUGGAAUCGGAGGAACGGACGGAAGAGGGGGCGGAACAGCUUCCAAGAUGGCUCCUCCCCCCGCCCCUCCUUUAGCCUCUUCUGCUCCUCGCACACCUUCACAAAUAGCACGUUCUUCGAGCAGGUCGACAUUUGCGAUGGAUGCUCGUAGGGGAAGAGGAGCAGAAACGAGCUCGAGACUGUUGGAAGAGAUGGGACGCGUGCCUGGAAGGAGAGUAGUGGCGGAAGAGCUGAGGAGGAACGAGGCUGCUGGGAGACUUGUGGGCAGGCUGGCUGAUAAAAGCAGGAAAACACUCGAUCCCUUCCAGGCGGAGAUGGACGAGAGCGUGGCAAAAGGACGCAGCGUACGCUCUGGAACUUCUUGAGGCCCAUGCAUUCUACUUUGAUCGAUCGAUCUUGCAUGGCCGUGCCACUCCUUCGAUAUUGAAGCCGGCACCAACCGUAUAUACCUUUCAAUGCGAAUGCUAACACUCGCGGAU